UGUCAGGGGUUUUCUUUCCACCACAGUGCGGCAUUUUCAUGUCGCCCCGGCGGAUAAAGUAAGCCGCUGCUAGCCCUGACCUCGGUCCCUGUUUCCCUGCCAUUAAUGUUCAGGAGGCAACAUGACAUCCCCUACGCGGUGGCUACUGGCCGGUCUUGCGCUUCUGUGUAUUCGUGGAGCGGCGGAAUCCAAGCGGAAUUUCAAAUGUCCUUCAGGAUGCUCCUGCUCCAAGGAGACGAUCGUCUGUGUGGGCACUUCCCACGUCCCACGGACUGUACCGAAUGAGAUCAACUCGUUGAGCGUGGUAAAUGGAUCUCUUGCUGAAAUUACAGAGGGAAUGUUUUCCCUGAUGCCUUCUCUUCAGCUGUUGCUUCUAAACGCAAAUUCUUUGACCACAAUCAAAGAUGAUGCUUUCUCUGGUCUUCCACAUCUAGAAUAUCUAUUCAUUGAAGGGAACAAGAUUGAAACGAUCACCAAAAAUGCCUUCCGUGGCCUACGAGAUUUGACUCAUCUCUCCAUUGCCAAUAACAAGAUGAGGUUUCUGCCAAGAGAUCUCUUUUUUGACUUGGACUCGUUACUGGAACUGGAUCUACGCGGCAACUCCUUCCAGUGCAGUUGUGAGAACAAGUGGCUGAUGACGUGGCUGAGAAACACAAACGCCACAGUAUCAGAUGUCUUCUGCGCAGGCCCCGGUGCCAUGACGGGCAAGCGGCUCAGUGACCUUCCUAUUCCGCCGGGCGAGUGUAUCUCUACAGACUUUGUGCGUCAUCAGUCCAUUCCCAUUCAGUCCAUGUCAGCGGACAUCUUCUCCUUUAAAGAGGACAUCUAUGUGGCGAUGGCUGCACCAAACUCCAACAGCUGUGUCAUCAUGGAGUGGGAUCACAUUGAAAUGAAUUUCAGAAAAUUUGAUAAUAUCACAGGGAAGUCUGUUGUUGGAUGCAAGUCGGUCCUGAUCGACAACCAUGUCUUGAUAAUUGUCACCCAGCUCUUUGGUGGCUCCCACAUUUACAAGUUUGAUGAUCAACACAACAAGUUCAAUAAGUUUCAAACUAUUGAGGUCUUCAACAUCUCGAAGCCAAAUGACAUUGAGGUCUUCCAAAUGGACGGUGAUUGGUAUUUUGUGAUUGUGGACAGCUCCAAGGUAGGACUGUCCACUCUGUACAAGUGGACCAACCAACCAGGCCGUAACGAGACUGCUUUUUACUCCUACCAGUUUCUCCAUGAGUGGUUUCGUGAUACAGAUGCUGAGUUUGUCGAAGUUGACGGGAAGUCCUACCUAAUCUUAGCCAGUCGAUCUCAGUCACCCGUCAUCUACCUGUGGAACAAAAGCACCCUGAAGUUCAUACUUCACACUGAAAUCCCAAAUGUCGAUGAUGUGGUGGCAGUCAAAGCUUUUCGGGAGGAAGAUGAGUUGUAUCUGGCCAUGACCUGCUACAUCGGUGACUCCAAAGUCCUCAAAUGGACCAACAAGCAGUUCACUGAGGUGCAGGCUCUGCCCUCUCGAGGAGCGAUGAUCCUCCAACCUUUCACCUUCAAAGACAGGCACUACCUUGCUCUUGGCAGCGAUUACUCUUUCACACAGAUCUACCUCUGGGAUGUGGAGACCAAAACCUUUCACAAGUUCAAGGACAUUUAUGUGCAGUCACCUCGGUCAUUUACAGUAGUGACCAAUGACCGGAGGAAUUUCAUCUUCUCUUCCAGCUUCAAGGGCAAAUCAAUGGUUUUCGAGCAUAUUAUUGUAGAUUUAAGCUUAUAGCGCCAAGCAAAAUCAUGACUAAUCACAGUAUGAGUUGGUCACUCAGAUCAACAUUGUGUGUCUGCUACAAAGGAGUCUCAGACGCUGUAUAUGUUCCUUAUGCAACAAGAUGUGUCUUUCUUGGUUUGAGACAAGUUUCUGCAACUCAUAUGCACUUAUGGCAGUACAAUUAAUAAUAGACCCCAAGUAGUUAACUUAAAACUGAAGGCUGACAGAAAUAUAAAACUAUGGCAACCUUUGAAAUGAUAACAGCAUGAUGAUAAUUUUAUGGCAUACUAGAUAUUAUCUUAAGAGGUGCUGGCUCCUAAUGCACUUCUGUCAAGCAAACAGUGGGCGAGCCAAGGGGUGUCCACACCGGUGUCCAGGCUUAGCCUGGCCAUCCCAGUGAAAAUUGAAUGGCUCUACCACAGCAAGCAAAACGGGUACCCCUAAAAUGCUCCAAACUCUGUAAGUGAAGUGAUUUGUUUUAGACAACAGGAACUUUGUCUUUCUGAGCAGAGAGUAGGAAUUUUGAAGCCAUCUCAUCCCAGCAACUGUUAUGACUGAUGAUUUAAUUGAGCAUGACACGGAUGUUUUCUUAGAAUGUAUUGGCUAAAUAUUAUGAGCUUAAGCCUAAGUGCACAACUUUUAUAACAAGCUACUGUAUGAACAGAGUGCCCGAUUAGUGGCAAAACAAAAUAUAAUUUACUCUUGAUUCCUAUGCAAAAUAUAUCAUACUAAGUGUUGCUACAAUCACAAGGUUAAUUGUGUGCUGCUAUAUGACUUGAAAUGACAUUUACUGUACACGGUCUUGAGCCACAAUCUCAUGCUCUUUUCUUUAUUGAUCUUUUGAUAUUUUUCAUGUAUUUUACAGAUUUAAUUACAGUCUGUUUGGCUUGGAAUAUAAAUCUUUUCUCACACUUAACAAAGGCAUGAUGUGCAAAUUAGGGCCAUGGUCUUGGCCCUAAUUGGCCUAUCUUGGCCCAUGGUCUCGACUGUCUCAGAAGAGAAACAGCUGAAUUCACAGAAAUGUUGACAGGAUCUAGCAUAAGAAAUGGGCUUUUGCAAGCAUUUCAGAUUUCUCGAAAAAAUAAAAAAUAUUUUAUUCCCCUUCUAGCUAUACUCAUGCCCUACCUAGUAAUGAUGUGUAUAUAUUUAUUUUCCACUGUGCUAGCCUAAAGCAAUGAUGAAAAACUGAUCUUUUACACAAUGCUACAUCUACAACCAUCAGUCCUAUGUAAG